CAGCAGGCAGCGAAAUCAAUGGCAAAUCACAUGAGAACGGCGAAGGCGAUGGAGAUGGUGUCUUCUUGGAUUCGCCUCUUACUCGUACUUCUGAUUCUAAUUGUUUAUGGAAACAGCGGCGUAUUAGGCGGGAAAAAUGCGCGGAUUCACAUUCCUGAUGAGCUAGAUGAUGUGGUGGACGAUGAGGAGGACGAGGCGUGGAAGGAAUGGGGACAGAAGAAGAAAUUGACGGAGGAGAAGUUUGAUCCGCCGCCGGUUGAUUUCUCGGAGAUGGACUUAGCUCAGAUGCAGGAAGAGAUGAUGAAACGACAACACGGUCCGUCGUUUGGCUUCGUUAAGCUCCGGUUAGGCGUUCGACGUACUCCGGAUGUGAUAACAGAUAUUGCAAUGAAAUGGAGCAAAAUUGCAAGAACUGGAGCUAUAGAGGUCAAAUUUAUGGGUGUUGAUGUGAGCACAAUAAUGUUCACUCUGGAAAAAGGCCAAGACACUCUAGAGUUGAAAGACUUUAUAUUGAGCCAACCGGAGGCAUAUGAGAUGAAAAUCGGGGAUCGACUUUUCCGAAGGCCAGGAGAUCCUCCAUUCGAUGAUGUUUUUGCAGAACUCCAUGGCAAUGACGAAGGCCAUGCUCAUCCCUCAAUCAAUGAUCAUGAGAAAGAUGAGUUAUAAUCAAAUCAAGCUACAUUUUCUUGUUUCUUGCUUCUUAAUUUGGACAUCAUUGCUUAGAUAUCUUCACAAACAUCUAAUAUUUUUUUUGAGUUUUGCACUUUCAUGAUCCCAAAAAUGGUACUUAGGGAUUGUUUGCCUGCUGACCGGUGCUGAUUCGGUCAGCAUUAGCUAGUUUGUCUAAAGAUUGAUCUAACUUCUGGUGCUGUCAGAGCACUUACCCAGCAAGAUUACUAUUUUGCUAUUGGGUCAGCACAAGAUAAUGAAGGUAUUUUGUCGGUAAACAACGAUUUACAG